UUUAUAACGAAGUUAAUCUUAAUUAGAUAGCAUAUGGCUCUUCAUGGCUGACACACCACCUACCUAAAAGUAUCUAGUUACAGCCAGAGUUUGCCAAGUAAGGUUAGGCUACAUCAACUCUACGGAGUUGAGCGACGUUUUUUAAACGGAUCUCAGUUUUUUAAAUGAAACUCCGUCUCCUUCGAGUCGCUAUGCAGUCGAUACUUCAUUAAACCCUUAUCGUGUACCUAUGUUUGUCCUCUGUUGUUGGAUGAGGUACAGGUGACAUGGAAAACUACAGUAAGGCGUGGACGGUGGAACAGCCCUGCCCCUGCCCAUUCCCUGGCCUCUCCAGCGACACCAAUGAGGUUAGAGUGAAGGAUGGCAGCAAGAUCCGCAAUCUCAUGCGCUACGCCCUGAGCUGCAUGGAGGUCAAGCCCAGGGCGCUGGAAGGCGAGGGGGGGCAUCCUAAGAGUGAAGAAGGGGGUAGCACCACCGAGGUCCAGGAAACACCAAGCUCCCAGGCACCGGAAAAGAUGCCUAGCCGGCAGAUAGUAUUCACUGGGACGGGGAAGGGGGUCUCCAAGGCCAUCACCUGUGUGGAGAUCCUGAAGCGCCGUGUGAAAGGCUUGUACCAGCAGACCAGGCUGCUCUUCAGCACUGUCCUGGAGGUGUGGGAACCCCUGGAGCCCGCGGCAGGCCUGGACAGCCUCAACGUUAGUAGGAACAUACCCGCUAUCUGGGUACUGCUCUCCAGAGACCCCCUGGAUGCCAGCCUGCCUGGAUACCAGGCUCCAGGGAACUUUGAUGCCCUGUGGGCACAGGCUGCCAAAGAGGAUGCAGGGGUGGCUGGUGGACAGAGGCAUGGGGGCAGGAGGAAGAGGGGAGGUGGUGGUGGCAGGGGUAAGGGACCAGGAGGCCCUGUCAGACAGACUGGUCGAUCCAGAGAGCCAGGAAAAGGCCAGAGUCGUGGUAAGGGGGCGCUGGCAGGGCAGGAAUGAGAUGUGAUCUGUGUGUGGAAGAGGCCUUUGGACCAACCUGUUAACAUCACAAGACACUCCCCCAUCGGCCGAUGAGUGCACAAAAUAUCAACCUUUCCAACUUUUCCGUUAUUGUGUUAGGACUCACUUUUUGGGAGAGAGGAUGUGAGGGAGUGCCUAAGUUCAUAGGUCAAGCCUGAGAAUCUUCUGACUUGGGUGGAAAUGUUUUUAUGACAGAUACUUUUUUUUGUGCUCUUAUAUUUAAGUUCACUAUUUUGUCUCAUAAGUAAAUAAAGUGUAGCCUGUACAUGAUUGCA